GAGGUUUUCAGCGUCGGCAGCAGCAUGCAGCAGCGCCGGACCCUCUGCGUCUCGCAGCUCCGGAGCAUCUGCCUCCGCCACUUGAGCUUCACGAGCAGCACGGGCGCGAGCGACUUCUCAGCGCCCAAGAUGGGCGCUACCGGCGAAAGCCUCGGCGAAGUCGAGCUGCCGGACCUCUUUGUGCGCCUCGCGGCCGGCGCCACCAUUCUGUACGAGAGCGACGUGGCCAAGGAGACGCUCAAUCCGACGUGGCCACCCGUCGAGCUCGACGAGCGCCUUGGCAACACGAUCUCGCCCUACGAGUUUCUCCAGGACUCGGUCUUUGAGCUCAUUGUCUACCGCUACGUGAGCAGCGACCGCAAGCCGUACGAGCCGCCGUAUGUAAGCCUCAAGGAAGAAGACGACGAAGACGAGGACGACGAGGAUGAGGACGACGAUACAGGGAAUGGCGACGACCAGGCCAAGUCGACCGCCACGGACGAAAGCGACGGGCGCCACGACAUGCGGAGCUUUGAGGAAGUCCUUCGGUUUGUCGUGCAGCUCGAUGCGCUCGAGCCGCUGCACUGCGACUACCGCGAUCUCUACGGACUGCCGCUCAACACACUCAUCCUCGGCUUCCAACUCGACAAAGACUCGGAGCAGUACUUUGUCCCACGGGAUACGAUGCUGCAUUUGGUACAGAGCGGCGCCAUGAACGGUCGUCGGCGCAAAGAAGGCAUUCUGCGCGAGACCAAGUACUCGCUGCCGACGGCCGCGCUGCUGCUCAACACCAGCAUUGGUCUUCUUGCCGAGAUCGAGCAGCGCAAGCGUAGUAUCGAAGCCAAGCGUGAGCGCAUUGCACAGCAACUCGCGGCGCACGAAGCCGCCGCCGAAAAGGUCGCGCGCUACGUCUCGAUGGGGACGACGACGACGACUCAUCGUCUCCGUAUCCAGGAACAGCAGCGGCUGCGGCUUCAGAACCGCAUUCUCGCCUUGCGCAAGGAAGUGGACGAGCGCAAACAAGCGCAGUCACGGGUGAAAUCGGUCGUCAAGGUCGAGAAGCAGCUGCUGCAGCUCGACGAGCGCAUUCCGCGGACGCUCGUGCACCUUAUGGACAUUCACAACAAGGCGAGUGACGAGCGCAGCGGUAUCUGGGAACGACGGACCGAGGUGCUCAAGGUCGCCCACAAAAUCCGAUCCAAGCAAGCCCAUUUGGUCGUCCAGCUCCAUGACAUUUACCCCAUCUCGUACGUUGGUGCGGGCGAAUAUUGCAUUGGCGGCAUCAAAUUUAUGAACGCCGACGUGGCCAAUGGCAAAGACGACGAAAUGCUCUCGACAGCGCUCGGGUACAUUGCCCACUUUGUAUUUAUGCUCGCCAAGUACCUCGACGUGAAUCUCCGGUAUACCAUCGUGCACUGCUCGUCGCGCUCGUUCAUGCGAGACGACGUGAACGACCCGUACAUCGAGUACCCGCUCUUCAAGCGCGGCGUCGAGAAGGACCGGUUCGAGAAGGCGUGCGUCUUUCUCAAGAAGGACGUCGAACAGUUGAUGCAAGCACGGGGCCUCGACAUCGUCGUCAACAGCCAGCUCCUCAUCCGCCUCAAAUCGAUCGUCGACGCUGAAGUGGCGUGGCUCCAAGCAAAUAGCAGCGCGGCCUCAUCGUCCUAA